AUGGAAUUACACGUUUCUUAAUAAUUGGGCUCAACCGGUGAUGUCAGAGUUCAGGAGUUGGAACCCUGAAAACUAGCGUGGAGAAACAAGGAGUAAUGUAAAAUGGAAGCCCUGAUCGCCUCGUACGGUGGCACAUCGUCCGACUCUGACUCAGAACUCGAUUGCUCAACUACAAUUACAAGCAUCGGUGUUACAAAUUCAAAUAGUCAGCCGGAGACUAUCAAUUUGCCCUUGCCACCGCCGCCUCUCUCUCUGCUCAAUCCUUCCAAUUCAUCGGGUACGGUAGAUUAUCUUACUAUUAGUCAGCCUCAGCCGAGCAGAGUCCGGAGCUUUCCCCAUGUUGAAGGCAACUAUGCUUUACACGUCUAUAUCCCAGUUACUAUACCAUCUGCCCUAAAGAAGGAGCUGGCCCAGCUUUUGAAGAAGGUGUCAUCUAUUGUGCCAGGUCUUCAUGUUGUUGGCAUUGACAUUCCAUUAAAUAGUCUGUAUAAAGAUGAUUCUAAGUUUCAGCAAAUUACAUUGGGAAGGGAGUUUCACAUAAGUUUAGGAAGAACUGUCCCAAUACGCUUGCACCAGAUUGACUCUAUUGUAUCGAUGCUUCGCCAGAAGCUUCAUUGUCAGAGGCGGUAUUGGAUUGAUUUUAGCAAGUGGGAGGUUUUUAUAAAUGAUGAUUGUACACGAUCAUUUCUCUCCAUAGAAGUUCUUACAGGAGGAUUACUUGAGAUCACUAAGCAGAUUCAAGUGGUCAACGAGGUUUACAGGCUUCAUGAUCUUCCUGAAUUUUACAAGAAUCCACGCCCCCAUAUAUCCUUAGCUUGGGCAUCAGGAGACAUCAGCAAUUCUUUAAAGAGAGUGGUUGAAGAAGAAACAAAUAGAUUAAGUGUUGAGGGUUCAUUACAGAAACAUAUUUUUUCCAGUAAAUUCAGUGGUAUUGAGUGUAAGAUUGGUAAUAAAUUAUACAAAAUAUGUAAAUUUUCAUAUGAUUAACUAAACUGAUCAUUUGUAUUAUAUUUGUAGAACAGUAUUUUAUUCA